AAUGAAGCGCCUCUACAGGGGUCUUUUCUGUUCAUGUCACCACAUAAAACUAUCAGAUGGUUUGAGGAAGGACAUGGACACAACUACUUAGCUUAUCUCCCACCCAGCGAAGGAGAACUACUUUCUCCUGCUCCCAUUCAACUGCUGCUCAAUAAAGAAGAUUAUUUCUAAUGCUAAAGACAAGAUCGGAGUUUAUCCAAGAAGGGACCAGUCUGGCAACGGAUUGAAUUAAGACCUGCAGUAUCAGAAAAGAGACUUCAGAAUUUCCUUUUCUGAACAAUAUCAAGAAACUCUGUUACCACUUUACAGAUGCAGAGUAUCAACUUGUGAAAAGUUUCAGGUUGCCUCUGAAAAAAGUGACAAUGCCUCGACCAGGGAGAAAUACGUACAGUGACCAGAAGCCCCCUUACUCAUAUAUCUCCCUUACAGCUAUGGCAAUCCAGAGCUCUCAAGAAAAGAUGCUGCCCCUCAGUGAGAUCUACAAAUUCAUCAUGGAUAGAUUUCCUUAUUACAGGGAGAAUACCCAGCGAUGGCAGAACUCUCUGAGACAUAACUUGUCAUUUAAUGACUGUUUCAUCAAAAUUCCAAGAAGACCUGAUCAGCCUGGCAAAGGCAGUUUCUGGGCACUUCAUCCCAGCUGUGGUGAUAUGUUUGAAAAUGGUAGUUUCCUGAGACGUAGAAAGAGAUUCAAGGUGAUGAAAUCUGACCACCUGGCCCCUACUAAGCCAUCAGAGGCAGCACAAUACCUGCAACAGCAAGCAAAACUUAGACUAAGUGCUCUGGCUGCCUCAGGUACCCACUUGCCACAAAUGUCAACCUACAACCUUGGAGUCUCUCAAACAUCCAGCUUCAAACACCCUUUUGCCAUUGAAAAUAUAAUUGCAAGAGAGUACAAAAUGCCAGGUGGACUUGCAUUUUCUACAAUGCAGCCGAUGUCAGCUGCCUAUCCGCUUCACAACCAAUUGACUACAGUUGGCAGUUCCAUUGGCACAGGUUGGCCACAUAUGUACAGCUCCAGUAUGAUAGACACUACCACCCCUAUAUCAAUGGCUAACAGUGAUUACAGUGUGAGUGCCUAUGGGAUGCCAAUCAAGCCACUUUGCCAUGGAGGACAAACUUUACCUGCUAUCCCAGUACCUAUUAAGCCUACCCCAGCAGCUAUACCAGGGCUUCCAGCACUCCCAAACCAUAUCUCAGCUAUUCUGUCGAACUCUUCUCCAUCUUUAAGUCCGACAUCUCCUCAAACAGCAACCAGCCAAAGCAGCCCUGCCACCCCUAGUGAAACUCUCACUAGCCCUUCUACUGCUCUACUCUCUGUAGCUGUACACUGACCUGCUGGACUAUAAAACUCAAACCAUCUCUCUAAAGUUUACUUACCUUAAUGCUCACUUAAAUGAAAGAAAUGUCAUUUCAAAAUGGGUUUAUUAUUUCAUGUGAACUGUUUCAGUUGUUUAUCCAGUGUGGAUUUUUUUGUCACUUAUACAUCCUCAUACACUUGAAUCCAUUUUGCUGCAUAGCAGUGCCAUUAUUUAAAAUAAUUUUGCACAUCUUUUAUUAAACAUAUUGCAAAAAUAAAGGGCAGGCAUUUUCAGGUAGCAGUUCAGGAAGGUAGUUUCCACAGCACAUUAAAAAAAAGACAUUUAAAAUCAUCCAGGGAUUGCAUUGGAUUAUAGUUUCCUUAAAGUUUGCAAUCAAAAUGCUUUACUUCAAUAUUAAGCCUUUUUUUCUGGAGAAUGUGCUGUCAUAUAGAAUACGCAAAGAGUUUUUAUACUUUGCUUGUACUUGCAGUUUAUUAUAUACACUUAUGAAGGUGUUCAGCUAUAUUAAAAACUGUACAACAACUUUCUUACAGAUGAGAUUCAUCAGAUUUGAAAAUUUCAACACAAAGGACAAAACUGUUGUAGAAAUUAACUGAACAUUAACACAGUAUGGCUAAAAAAAAUGUUGUUUACACAAACACUGCCCUAAUGUAAAUAUUGAAUUUUGAACUAAAGAAUUAGCUGUACUUGUUGGUUGCCAAUAGUAUUAAUUGAGAGGCACUGGGUGAUCAGUACUAGUCACUGGAUUUAAAAUACAUACCUAUUUAUUUGACUUUUUUAAGGGGGAAAUCACAAAA